GUGUCUCUCGCCCUUUUCCUUCUCCCUCUCUCUUCUCCGCGUCUCACCGCCCGCAAUGACCUUGGAUGCAUAUGACGUCUCUGUUGUUGGAUGGCAGCUCUCGGUAGGUGAUACAAACAAAUGCACUUUCUGACUCUGACGACUUUCCUCCUCCUAUUCUCUUCGAAUAUCUGGUCCACGUGGACGAGCUGCUCUCAUCCACUACCGCCCUGAAUACUAAUGUCGCGACAGAAGAUAUUCCGUGGAUAGAUUCCAUGGCCCCAUCAUCAUCCACGCAGGACCAUGCUGACUCUCAGCCUCCGACGGUCGCUGCUUUCUCCCCCACCACCAUCUCAGGCUCGUCCGUGACAUCGAGGCAGCGUUCUAGCAUCAUCGUGCAUCGCAAAUCGCCGCUACUGGUGGCCACGCCCCCUCAGAUCACCCGGGCAUUGGCCUACUCGCACCCGUUUAUUCUCCCGUUGAACAAGCUCGUUGGAUUGCUCACAUGGACCACUGGAGACGGCUGGCAGAGCUUCCUGCUGGUAGCAGUAUUCUGGACGCUUGUUCUCUACGGCGAUGUGAUCAUUACCUGGACCGGGCCACUCCUCGUGGUCAUCGGCCUUAUUUUGGGCAUGUACUGGCGACGCUACUCCCCGUUGUCGUCCAGGGCUCACUUGAGUGAGAAGCAAGGUCAUCAAAGGGCUGCUUCGGAGACAUUCCCCCAUCGGCAUGAAACACUGGACGAAAUCGUGGAGACGCUAAGGACAUUUACCACACGCUGCAAUAUUCUCCUAGAGCCACUCGUGGAAUUUACCGACUUCCUGUCCACACAGAGGACAGCGACGUCUGCCACCACCCGACCGGCUCUUACGACAUUAUUUAUUCGAAUCCUCUUCGUUACACCCAUCUGGAUCGCCUUGACUCUUCCACCGUUGUAUCUUAUUACCACUCGCCGGGUUAUCAUGACACUCGGCACCAUCAUUCUCACCUAUCACUCUCGCCCGGCCAGAGUUUCUCGUGUCAUUCUUUGGCGAUCGUUAACAAUCCGCCGGAUAUGCUCCAUAAUUACGGGCCUAUCCUUUUCUUCUACGGUUGAUAAGGCGCAUUCGCUGUUGAUGCAGAGCCAGGGCCAUGCGAUGAGCAUUGCGACAAGACGUCGAGGAGACUCCUCCGGGGUGAGAUUCACCUUUGUCAUCUAUGAAAACCAACGUCGUUGGCUUGGAAUCGGCUGGACGUACUCUCUGUUUCCUUCCGAGCGAGCUGCUUGGACAGACGAGCAUCUGAAUCAUGUCCCGUCUAAGGAGGACUUUGAGCUGCCCGGUGUCGCAAACGGGAAUGCCCAAUGGCGCUGGGUCGAAGGGAGUGACUGGCGUAUUGAAGGCGCCGACGAUUCAGGAAAGUCGGACGCCAAAGCUGAUGGCGGGGGCUGGGUCUACUAUGACAACAAGGUGGGACACAUUGUUUCCCAUGUUCUGACAAAUGUCCAGGUUCCAGGGUUACUAACAGCAUGGGAACAGUGGAACGACGGUCGCCGUGGCCAAGAUGGUUGGGAUCGAUACACCCGUCGUCGGAAGUGGUGUCGUGACGCCGAACUGGUUGAGACUCCCUCAGCGGGCGAGAGCACCUCAGUAGAGACCAAAUCCGGCAUCGCCCAGUCACUGGAGCAGGAAAAGGCCGCCAACGCCCAUGAGAAGGAGAUCUCAUCUACGGUCGACGCCGACGCAGAAAGCCUCGCCCCGUCAACCUCAUCCAAGUCCCGCAAACGACGUUGGUUUGGGAGUACGAAGAGUGUAAGCGACAAAGCCAGCAGCAUCUCCUCUGCUCCACCAACGUCCACCAAUAACUCCUCCGUAGAUCUCGGAAAAUUGAAGUCCGCCACCCCUACCGGAAGCUACACGCCAACCGGGAAGUCCACCGCAACUGCAACCCGACCCAUCAGUAUUCCGCACGCCCGGAAAACGUCCAAUUACUCGGGAGGCAGCGCCAGUCACAGCAGCAGCUUCGGCCGCGAAGGAAGUAUCAGAGAGAAAGAGAUGUCUCUUGCUCAGGACCGUCUAGACCGCUGGGGCACUCGCGCCACAGGAGGUACUGAACGAGCCGAGCGAGAGAUGGGAUUAGGUGAUGAGGUCAAUAUGGGAUUGAGCUGA